CUCACGCUAAGCACACCCUUCCUCUUCUCCUCAAAACAUCACUACUUUACAUUACAAAAACUCCAAUAUUUUUUGUCACACAUUAAUAUAGCACGGUUAGCACUCAUGGGUUCUACGUCUUCUUCAAGUGUAUUGUCAAUUCUUCUGCUGCCCCUUCUUAUUCUUCUUCUUCUUCCAUCAAUGAUCAUCACGACCUCGGCUAAUCCCUUUCACCAGGACUUUGAAAUUACUUGGGGAGAUGGCCGUGCUAAGAUACUCAACGACGGCGAGCUUCUUACUCUCUCGCUUGACAAAGCUUCUGGUUCAGGAUUCCAGUCCAAGAAUGAAUAUCUAUUUGGAAAGAUCGAUAUGCAGCUCAAGCUUGUCCCCGGAAACUCUGCCGGGACUGUCACUGCCUAUUAUUUGUCUUCAAAAGGAUCGGCUUGGGAUGAGAUAGACUUUGAGUUCUUGGGGAAUCUGAGUGGCAAUCCUUACAUCCUUCACACCAAUGUGUUCAGCCAAGGCAAGGGCAACAGAGAGCAGCAGUUCUAUCUCUGGUUUGACCCAACUGCGGAUUUUCACACCUAUUCCAUCCUUUGGAAUCCCCAGCGCAUUAUCUUCUCCGUGGAUGGCACCCCCAUCAGAGAGUUCAAGAACAUGGAGUCGAGCAGUGUACCAUUCCCAAAGAACCAACCAAUGAGAAUAUACUCCAGCCUCUGGAAUGCUGAUGACUGGGCCACAAGGGGCGGACUUGUCAAGACAGAUUGGACACAAGCUCCUUUUACUGCUUCUUAUAUGAAUUUCAAUGCAGAUGCUUGUGUUUGGUCCUCCGGUUCAUCUUCCUGCGCUUCUACCUCUUCUACCUCUAGCAGUAAUUCAUGGCUGUCACAAGAGUUGGAUUCAGCCAGUCAGAAGAGGUUGCAAUGGGCGCAGAAGAACUACAUGAUUUACAACUAUUGCAGUGACACAAAGAGGUUUCCCCAAGGCCUCCCUCCAGAAUGCUUCACAUCCUAGACUAAAUUUGUUUAGUAGCCAUGCCAAUUCUUUUAUUUUUUUGUCAGAGCCAUUCUUUCAUUCUUUUAAUAUAUAUAUAUAUAUUGAAAGGAAAAAAAGAAAACCUCUGAUUGUGGUUGAUCGAUUUUAUUAUAAUAACAAUAAUAAUAAUAAUUAGUAACUACUGAAGCAGAUAAUCCCUCAACGUUCUCAGCUCUUCUUCCAAUUGAAGAGAACUGAAUACAGGCUGUGAAGAUUAAAGGAGGUCGAGGCACGAGGUAGGGAGGACUCGAGUGGCGCAAGAUGUAUGCCAAGAGUGGGGUCUUGCAUUCUCUCAUUUUGAGACAAUUUACUUUCAACACCAAUUAUCAGCUGCUGGGGCCGUUUACCUUUGCUGCUGCGUCUUCUUCUUCUUCUUCUUGAUCUUCUUCUUGACUUUGAGGCGAGGUCGGUUGCUCAACUUGCUCCAAUUAAAGUUCAGUCGAAUAUUACCAUACACCAUCAAAUUAUUUUGAGGUAAAAUAAUACAAUUUAACUCGAUGAUAUUGCAGCUUCAAUAACAAUAUUUUUCGGUCUUU